AUGGCUAGUUGUAUAGAAGACCGGAGGACCUGGCUUUGUUUCCCGUUAUAUGUUAUAGUGGCGGGGUGCAUCUUUCCCUCCAUACCCUCUGAAAUAGUUAUUCCCAGGCGGCUAGAAGAAGGGUCAGGGAAGGCCAAGAAGGAAGACAUUUCUUACAUCAUCCAGGCGGCAGGAAAAGAACACACAAUUCGGCUGAAGAAAAGGAAUAACUUUCUGGUGGAAAACCUGCCAGUCUUCACCUACGAUUCUGAGGGCAGAAAGGUGAAAAGCCACCCCCACAUUCCUGCUGGAUGCUACUAUGAAGGGUCUGUGGAAGGCGUGAAGGAUUCGCUGGUAGCUCUCAGCAUUUGCUUUGGCCUGAGGGGAUUCCUAAAAUUCAGAGGUCUAGAUUACGGCAUCGAACCUUUAGAAGGUUCCCAGACCUUUCAGCAUCUCCUCUACUUGACCAAUAAAACUGGCUUCAGCCCCGCACUCAUUGAGAAUUUCAGGGAAUGGAAAAUAGCCCACUCUGAGGAAGUCCACCGAGAUGUUACCCACUUGUUUAUUCAUCAGAGAUUUAAUAAGGAGCCCUGGGAGUCAUACCAUGGAGAAAUCUGCAAGGCAAAUUUUUCUGUAGCGAUAGACCCCUACCUAAGCAGGGAUCUGGUUCAAUACUCCAAGAUUGUCUCUCAUAUGUUGGGUCAUAACAUUGGCUUACGCCAUGACGGACCCUUCUGUUUUUGCGACCAACAAGCAAGCUGCAUCAUGCAUGGCUUUCAUGCAAAGUUUGCCAUGUUCAGCAACUGCAGCGCAAGAGAGAUGUCACGUCUACGAAUGAACCACAAGCUGGACUGCCUGCGCAACAAGCCACCCUUUACGUUCGUUUUCAAAGUUCCCAAGGGCAUAAUGUGUGCAGAUAUCUUCGGCAAAGAAGCCAGAGCUGCUUCUCUGAGCUGUUUCAGAACGCUGAAUAUGAUUGGGGACCAGAUCGGCAACUGUGGUGGAGACGGACAAGGCUUUGUGAAAUGCAAGGAAGAAAACGUCCAGUGCGGAAGGCUGUAUUGCUCCAAUGUCAUGAAGGAACUCGACCCGUUAACCCAAGCUCAUUUCUUGAUCAACGGUGAGUUUUGCUGGACCAUCAAGUACCAAGAAGGAUACGGUGUCGAAGACGCAGGAGCAGUGCCAGAUGGCACAAAAUGCAACCGAAGAAAGCCUUGCCAGUUGAAGGUCCAGAUGCAAAGAAGAGCGCCCCUUCAGGAAGAAAAAAGGCGCCAUAAAGGCAAGAGGUAUCACCAAGAGCGAAGACCAAAUGCGGCCGGAGCCGUCUCCUAUGUCAUCCCAAAGGCCAAAGAAGUUCACGUCGUUAGUUUUGAAACAGAAGCGAUCAUGCUAAAAAAGUCCCGGUCUUCGCGCGGCAAAAUAUUGUCUGAAACCCGCGGAAGUCUCUGUGAUCAGAAUCAGGCAGCAGCUUUAAUAUCUGCCAGGCAGGUGGGCUUGCUGCAUUUUGCCAUCGCGGUUGCCCACGAAAUAGGGCAUGUUAUUGGCCUGCCGGAUGAUGAGUCAAAGAUUUGUUUCUGUGGCCCUGGCCAUGACUGCAUUAUGAGUCCUCGAAGGCCUUAUGGUGACAACCCUUUCUUCAGUAAUUGUUCUGUUAGAAGUUACUUUGAGGUCAUUCAGUCCAGCAAAGCUCAGUGUUUGAACAACAUUCCAGUCAACAGCAGAUCUUUUGCACUGCGCUCUUGUGGGAAUGGGAUUGUAGAAGAAGGAGAAGAGUGUGACUGUGGGGACAAAGAGCCGUGUAAGAAAGACAUGUGCUGCCAAGAGGAUUGCACAAAGGCAGAGGGGGCAUUGUGCACUUCUGAGUUGUGUUGCAAAGAAUGUGGAGUAGCCCCAGAAGGAACGCUCUGUAGAGAAGCCACGGGCGAAUGUGACUUACCUGAGUAUUGCAAUGGCAAGGCGGUGGAGUGCCCCCCAGAUGUUGCUGUACAAGAUGGAAGCAAGUGCAGCGAAGACGGUUACUGCUAUUCAGGGACCUGCUCUACCCACACGUUACUGCUCCCAGGUGUGGCAAAGGUCUUGUUGCAUGAAUGGCAUGUGUUGGAUGAGCGGCGUGGAGUCGCGAUCCAACAGUUAGUACAGCUUCGAGGCAUUUACCUUUCGAAUCAAAACUGCCACUGCCUCUAUGGCUGGGAGCCUCCAGGGUGUGACAUUCCAGGCUAUGGGGGAAGCAUUGACAGUGGGCCUGCCCCACGAGCCGUGGACUUUAGCAAGGUAGACCUCUACGUUGGGGUUGGCGCUGCUGUUGUCUUUGGCCUUGUUGUAGGUGUCCUGUCUGUCAUGGUUCUUUGCAAAUGGCAGCAAGUGUUCGGUAAUCCACAAGGAGGCUGAGGAAAACCAGAUAAGCGCCUCUUGAACCGGUGGAUGCAAUGAGGUUGAGAAGGCCAUUGGGCAAAAGGGGAACUGCCCCGUAGUACUCUGGAAAUUGGCCCUUGAUCCAGAACCGGCUUGCCUGCCUCACUGACCCAUCUGCUAACCCUUAAA